CUUUCACUGCGGCUGACGUCAGAAGGCUCCUCUCUCUCUCUGCUGAGCGCGAAGGAGGAGCUGUCAAAAGUUUCCAAGUUCUUUAAAGUCGAGACGGAGCUCCUUUCCACAAGACCUACGUGACCAACUUAGUCAUACAGCGUUCCUACAAACGGAGAAGCCGUGCCAUUAUGGAGUAACAAGCCCCUGUGAGGAGAAACCAAGCGGCCAGGAAAAGGAAGAAUAACGAGAACGAGACGAAAUGGCAAACUCAGCUGAGGCUGGAUUCCUCCUCACCUUCUUGCUCCUCUCCUCAGGCUGGUGUGUGACGCCGGAAAAGAAAGUAUGUCAGGGAGGGAAUAACAGACUGACUCUUCUGAGCAGUGUUGACGAUCACUAUCAGAACAUGGUGAAGAUGUACAGCAACUGCACCGUAAUUCUGGAGAACCUGGAGAUCACAUACACCACGGACAAACACGAUCUGUCCUUCCUGAAGACCAUCGAGGAGGUUGGUGGCUACGUCCUGAUAGCUCUCAACCAAGCACCGGAAAUUCCACUUACCAACCUGCGCAUCAUCCGUGGCCACACGCUGUACUCUGACAACAGCUUUGCCUUAGCUGUUCUGUCAAACUACAAUCAGUCCACAAGAAUGGGCAUGAAAAAACUGCCCCUCACCCGCCUGACCGAAAUACUCAAGGGUGGGGUGAGGUUUGCCAACAACCCUUCGUUAUGUCACAUGGAGACCAUCCAGUGGGCAGACAUCCUAAAUAUGAAGAGCAGUCCGCUCGACCUCGAGCUCAGUAACAAAUUCUGUGAAAACUGUGAUUCGAGCUGCUACAACGGCUCGUGUUGGGCUCUUGGUCCAGAGAACUGCCAGACGUUUACGAAGCUGACGUGUGCAGAGCAGUGCUCUGGAAGAUGUAAGGGGCCUAAACCCAGUGACUGCUGCAAUGAACACUGCGCUUCUGGCUGCACUGGACCCAGACCUACAGACUGCCUGGCCUGCAGGGACUUCCAGGAUGAAGAUACAUGCAAAGACGCAUGCCCCCCUCUCAUGCGUUAUAACCCCAACACCCACCAGCUGGCCCCCAACCCAGACGGGAAGUACAACUUUGGGGCCACGUGCGUCAAGAGCUGCCCACAUAACUAUGUGGUCACGGAUCACGGUGCCUGUGUGAGAGCGUGCAGUCCAGGCACCCACGAAGUGGACGAGGAUGGGGUCAGGAAGUGUAAGAAGUGUGAUGGCCUGUGUCCAAAAGUUUGCUCUGGACUUGGAGUGGGUCAUCUGACUAAUGUCUUGUCAGUCAAUGCCAGCAACAUUGAUUCAUUUGAGAAUUGCACAACGAUCAAUGGAGACGUCUUGAUCCUUAAGACAACGCUUACUGGAGAUAUCUUUACAAAGACUCCCAAGAUGGAUCCUGCCAGGCUCAAUGUUUUCAAGACAGUCAAAGAAAUUACUGGAACGCUGCUGGUUCAGUAUUGGUCACCAACUAUGCCUUCCCUCAGUCCCUUUGAAAACCUGGAAGUCAUCCGCGGACGAACAAAAUAUCAAGGCACAAUCAGCCUUGGCGUCAGCAGACUUCCCAUCACCCACCUGGGCUUGCGUGCUUUGAGGGAGAUCAGCGACGGGGACGUUUCCAUCACAUACAACGAGAACCUCUGCUACAACAGUCCUGAGCACUGGACACGUCUCUUCAAAUCAGACAAGCAGUCGGCCCGACGCAUGGAAAACGCUAACGAAGCCGCUUGUGCGGCGCAGAACCGCACCUGUGAUGAGAUGUGUACUUCUGAAGGCUGCUGGGGUCCGGGGCCCACCAUGUGCUUCAGCUGUGAACACCGGAGCCGCAAAAGGAGCUGCGUGGCCUCCUGUAACCUGCUGGAGGGUGAGCCACGGGAGUGUGAAGUCAACAAGACAUGUAUUGAGUGUGACCCAGAGUGCAAACCCCUGAAUGGAACAUUAACCUGCAAAGGACCUGGCCCCGACGGCUGUGAAGAAUGUGCCAACUUCAGAGACGGACCACACUGUGUGGCUCGUUGCCCACAGGGCGUCCCAGGGGAGAGGGACACCCUCGUGUGGAAAUACCCCGACAGCAUGCGGGUGUGCCAGCUCUGCCACCAGAACUGCACUCAAGGAUGCGCUGGACCGGACCUGAAAGACUGCAGAGAUUUUAAGCCUUAUUCAGGCAUGUCCGUGAUCGCUGCUGGCGUGGUCGGUGGUCUCCUGGCCUUUGUUAUCCUCAGUCUGGGUGUGGCGGUGCUCAUAAGGAGACGACACAUCAAAAGGAAGAGAACGCUGCGCAGAUUGCUGCAGGAGAGAGAGUUAGUGGAGCCGCUCACCCCCAGCGGAGAAGCUCCAAACCAGGCCCUGCUGCGCAUCCUCAAAGAAACAGAGUUUAAGAAGAUCAAAGUGCUGGGUUCCGGAGCUUUCGGCACUGUGUAUAAGGGCUUGUGGGUCCCAGAAGGGGAAGAUGUGAAGAUCCCUGUUGCCAUAAAAGUUUUGCGAGAGGCCACGUCCCCAAAAGCUAACAAAGAAAUUUUGGAUGAGGCCUAUGUGAUGGCCAGUGUGGAACAUCCUCAUGUAUGCCGCCUGCUGGGUAUCUGCCUGACGUCCACAGUGCAGCUAGUCACCCAGCUCAUGCCCUAUGGCUGCCUGUUAGACUACGUCAAGGAGAACAAGGACAACAUUGGCUCUCAGCACUUGCUCAACUGGUGUGUGCAGAUUGCGAAGGGAAUGAGCUACCUAGAAGAACGCCACCUGGUGCACAGGGACCUGGCUGCGCGUAAUGUGCUGGUGAAGACCCCUCAGCAUGUUAAGAUCACUGAUUUUGGGCUGGCCAAGCUGCUCAGCGCUGAUGAGAAGGAGUACCAUGCAGAUGGUGGGAAGGUACCAAUAAAAUGGAUGGCGCUUGAAUCCAUCCUUCACAGGACAUACACACAUCAGAGUGAUGUGUGGAGUUAUGGCGUGACUGUCUGGGAACUGAUGACGUUUGGGACGAAGCCGUAUGACGGAAUCCCUGCCAGUGAAAUCGCAGGAGUUUUGGAGAAGGGAGAGAGGCUGCCACAGCCUCCGAUCUGCACCAUCGACGUGUACAUGAUCAUGGUCAAAUGCUGGAUGAUCGAUGCAGACAGCAGGCCAAGGUUCAGAGAGCUCAUUGCAGAGUUUUCCAAGAUGGCACGAGAUCCAACACGCUACCUUGUCAUUCAGGGUGAUGAGAGGAUGCACCUUCCGAGCCCCACAGACUCCAAGUUCUACCGCAGCCUGAUGAGCGGUGUGGACCUGGACGAGGCUGUGGACGCUGAUGAGUAUUUAGUGCCCAACCAUGGCUUCUUCAGCAGCCCCAGCACUUCCCGUACACACCUGCUGCACUCUGUGAGUCUCAACAGCAGCAUCGGAUCGUGCCUGAACAGGAAUGGGAAUCUCUUCCCAGUCAGAGAGAACAGUCUCGUGCUGCGCUACAUUCCAGACCCGACAGACCAGUUCCUGGAUGGAGACUUCCAGCCUGCCCCAGAAUACAUGAAUCAGCAGAACGGUGCCGUUCUGUCAGACAUGUCCAACCCCAACUAUCAGCACCCAGCCCCGCCACGUACGGCCCACCCCGCAGGUGUCUUGGACGAGACAGAGGAGGAGUACCUCAACUGCUUCAAAAACCCAGCAGCCUCUUCUGGAAUUAGUCCGCCUGAGUAUCUCAACACAUCCCAGGCUCAUCUAAACAACUCUCAGGCUCGUCUCCUCUCUCCCUCCUCGUCCAGUCACUUCCGGCCCAACGGGCACAGCUUCAUCGCCCAAAGCAGCAUAGACAACCCAGACUACCAGCAGGACUUCUGUCCGCUGGGGGUGAAGCCAAAGGCCAACGGUCACCUUCCUGCUGCAGAGAACGCAGAGUACAUGGGUGUGGAAGUGCACUAGCAUGUUGGACUCCUGUGAAGACAGGAACUGUUUUGAAGCUACAAUAGAAACCUAGCAGGCCUCCUUUGUUUUGUAGAGGGAAAUGGACCCACACAAAGUUGUCUUUGUCUGUGUUGCACGGCUCUACAUUGCCUCUGACUCUGUGAGCGGAGCUAGUUAUUUAGGUGUUUCGGGUUACUUUCCACACAAAAAUUUUUUUUCGGCUAGACUACAAGGGCGUUUUCACACUUUCACGUCUGAGAAUACUUGCACAGAAAGUUCGCUGCAUGUAGUCAGCGACAUGACCCCCUGAAAACAACAACAUGACCACGCCCCUGACAACGACAUGAAAACUCACCCCUCGCCACCUGGAAUCUUCAAAUGAAUUCAGGCGCUGUUUGCACCGUGUUGGAAAACUGGGAAUUAAAUCAAGUGGUUCAGUGUUACUUUCCUUUACUAUCCUCUUCAUUUAUUCAGAGUGGUCGAUAUAAGUAUAUAAUAUUUCUUUUUUGUAGUUACACAAUUCAGCAGGAAUGAAUUACCACCAUGUUCUUCUUCAGUAAAUGCAUAAAAUCAAAAUUAAGUUCAGUAUUGUUGUACUAAAUAUAGAGGGCAAAGCCUGGAUGGCAAAGAAAUCUUCUCAAGUGAGAAAGCUGCAGAGUUCCCAUGUGUUCUUGUAUGAAAGAUGCCAGCAACAACUGCUGUUCAUCACAUUUUUAGGGUAUAGAUGUUCACAAGGUGCGAGAACAAACCUGCUUGUCUCAAAGUGAGCCUGGAAUCGAACCUGGAAGUGCAUUCACAGCAGGUGUGAAAGUGCCCCAAGUAAGGCUGGGUAUUGUUCAGUAGUGUUAGGUAUCGAUACCAAUACUGACACCUUGGCUCCAAUUCCUGAACAAUAAUUCUAUUAAAUAACAAACAAAGCGGGUGUGGCUUAACCUAGAAUUGACCAAAAGAGAUUUCAGUCUAAUCAAGAAGCACUGACAUUAGUUAUACACAUUGUAUAUGAAUGAAAUCUAGGCAGCCAAUCACCAGUCUAGAUUUUAGGAUUUUGUGGGCAGGCAUGUGCACAGAUAAAACCUGGUUUGGGGGGUUGAGGGCUUGUGUUGGGGCUUGAGCCUUGCCCCUUUGCCCUUAGACUGUAUACAUGCACUCUUGGUCAAUGUGUAUUUUAUAUUGUCUCUACCAUUCUUCGAGAUCAACUUCAGUUAAAUUAGACUCUGCCUGGCCCCAGGAAUAGAGCUUCUGGGUGGUCUUGGGUUCAACAUGAUUCAUUGAUCUUGGGCGCCACCUCUGGUGGAGUACUGAUCUCCAAUGCGUCACCACAGUACUGGAAAUCCCACCAAUAGGACGCUGAUAAUCUCUUUAAGAAAGCUUCACGUUCUGUAAAAUAGAUUAAUGUGGGACUUUUUGAUGCUAUUAUAGCUAAACUAUAUUGCCAAAAGUAUUUGCUUGCCUGCCUUCACACGCAUAUGAACUUGAGUGACAUCCCAUUCUUAAUCCAUAGGGUUUAACAUGAUGUCAACCCACCCUUUGCAGCUAUAACAGCUU